GCACCGCGAGUGUGUCCUGCGUCUCUGUCUCCCCCUCCCGUACAGCUGCCGACGGUCGGUCUCUCCCCCCUCCCGUACAGCUGCCUACUGUCUCUCUCCCCCCCUCCCGUACAGCUGCCUACUGUCUCUCCCCCCCCCUGUACAGCUGCGGACGGUCUCUCUCUCCCCCCCCCCUCCCGUGCAGCUGCAUACGGUCUCUCUCCCCCUCCCGUACAGCUGCCUACGGUCUCUCCCCCCUCCCGUACAGCUGCCUACGGUCUCUCCCCCUUCUAUUAUUUUCCAGUCAGUCUCUCGCAGUUUAAAAUGGCGGCGUUGAGCAGCGCCGAGUCCCCACCGUCCGUCUUCAACGGAGACACCAUGGACCGCGAUCCGACCGAGAGGGAGCGGGAGCGGGGACUGGACGACCUGGGCGCCGGGCUCGACUCCACCUGCUCGGUGGGGAUACCUGAAUGUCCGCAGGAUGAAGAGAUAUGGAACAUUAAACAGAUGAUAAAGCUGACUCAAGAGCAUUUGGAGGCCCUGUUGGAGAAGUUUGGGGGCGAACACAAUCCUCCGGCUAUAUACCUUGAGGCCUACGAGGAGUACACCAGUAAGCUGGACGCCCUCCAGCAGCGGGAGCAGCAGCUGCUGGAGGGUACGGGCAGCGGCGGCGAGCUGUCCUGCUCCUCCCCCACGUCCGGCCUCCUGGACGCCCAGGUCGGGGGCGGCUGCCCGGGCGGGGGCAUGUGCGGCGGCGGCGGCGGCGGCGGCGGGGGCGGCGGGGGCCAGGGCUUCCCCUCGGCCCCCAACACGCUGGCGGUCCUCCAGUGCCCCAUGGACCCCUCGCGGGCCAACCCGCGCUCGCCGCAGAAGCCCAUCGUCCGCGUGUUCCUGCCCAACAAACAGCGGACCGUGGUCCCUGCCCGCUGUGGAAUGACUCUGAGGGACUCGCUGAAGAAAGCCCUGAUGAUGCGCGGCCUCAUCCCAGAAUGCUGUGCGGUUUACAGGAUACAGGAUGGAGAGAAGAAGCCCAUUGGCUGGGACACAGACAUAUCCUGGCUGACGGGGGAGGAGCUGCACGUGGAGGUGCUGGAGAACGUCCCGUUGACGACGCACAACUUCGUGAGGAAGACGUUCUUCACGCUGGCCUUCUGCGACUUCUGCCGGAAGCUUCUGUUCCAGGGCUUCCGCUGCCAGACCUGCGGCUACAAGUUCCACCAGCGCUGCAGCACGGAGGUGCCGCUCAUGUGCGUCAACUACGACCAGCUGGACCUGCUGCUGGUGUCCAAGUUCUUCGAGCACCACCCCCUCACCCAGGAGGAGGAGGGCCCCACCCCCAUGUCUGAGGUCUACCCGUCGCUACCCCCCUCCGACUCCACCGGGUAAGGCCCCGCCCCCG